AUGAAGAUCAUAUCUUGGAAUGUCAGGGGAGUGGGCUCUAAACAUAAACGGAGCCUGAUAAAAAGUUCCAUUAGUCGGAAAAAUCCGGAUGUUGUUUGCUUGCAGGAAACGAAGGUUUCCGUUUUUAAGGAUCACCUUCUCACCUCGCUGUGGAAGGAAAGGGCUGCUAAUUAUUUGACGCUGGACGUGGUGGGUAGCUCGGGCGGUAUUCUCAUGGCUUGGAAUUCCUCCAAGUGGGAGCUUAUAUCCUCCAACGCUGCCACUUUCUCCUUGUCAAUUGUUCUUAAAGAUAAGUCUUCUUUUUUCCAGUGCUUGCUGACAGUUGUUUAUGGGCCUAACAAUGACUCUCUCAGGAAUGCCUUUUGGGAAGAACUUUCUCUGGUGAGAGCUUCCUUCUCGAGACCCUUGUGUGUGGUGGACGACUUCAAUAUUACCCGUUUUACGGAGGAUCAUUCUAGAAAAAGAAGACCCUUCCCUGCUAUGAGGCGCUUUUCGGAUUGGAUCCAAUCGGAGCAGCUCAUCGAUUUGCCCCUUCUGGGCGCCAAAUUUACCUGGUCCAACGAGCGGGCAAAUCCUACCUUCUCCCGCCUUGACAGAUCUCUGCUUUCUUCGGAGUGGAUCGAUUCAUUCCCCUCUUCAAAACAAUUUGCUUUGCCUCGUACCACUUCGGAUCACAGUCCUCUUCUCUUAUGUGAGGAAGAUCUUAAUUGGGGCCCAAAACCAUUUAAGAUUCAACUCUGUCAGGCUUCAGACAGAGGGUCUUCGUCAGAAGAUCAUUGA